AUGGAUCCCAAAACUCCAUUUAGGGAGCAACCGAUUGAAAUGCAAAGCCAAUUUCUAGCAGUUCCGCUCCUUGCCCGAUGUGCUGGUGACUGGGCCACCAUUGCCAUCAUCAACAGCUCCCUCAAGCACCUCCGACGCAAACUUUACAAGCAAAAUGUGGUCCAACGGCCUGCAAAGUACAAUUAUCUUGUCCAGAAUGCCGCAAAACGACGUGGAGCUGACAGGGAAGGUGCCACUGGUAGUAAACGUAAAUGUGGGCAAACACCUGGAAGUAGGAAGAGGAGAAAGUCGGGGAGUGAUUCGGAAGAGGAGUUGAGUGGCCGGGAGGACGAAAUCGAGAAAGAGGGCGAGAACAAUGAUGAGGAUGACUGA